AUGCCUCCUCGACCAAACGCCAGGCCUUCGCCCACACACUUCCUGUGCAUACCUUUGGUCACUGCGGCCUCACGACCUCAGUUAUCAAAGAGCCUGGCCUCCUUCAAGGCAGAUGUGACCAGUCCAGACAGUUUCGCGGUUCCUACAGAUGCCGUGCGGCCACUUGGCACCCUGCACCUCACGCUUGGGGUAAUGAGUCUCGCAAGAGGCGAAGGUGUCGACAAAGCAACCGAGGUCCUGAAAAGUUUGAAACCGCGGGAAAUACUGGCCGGAAUCUCGUCUCUUGCCUCCAUCACUACGCUGCCCGGCAAAGCGCAGUCAUCCACCAGCGCUCCUGGAACCGACUCGCCGCUCCGAAUCACGCUCCGCGGCUUACACUGCAUGAAAUCGGGCCCUAGAGCGGAUCCCAGCAAGUCGUCGGUCCUGUACGCGCCGCCCAUAAACCCCGAGGGGGUGUUCCAGAUAUUUUGCGAGAGAAUCAGGGCCACGUUUGAAGAGGCCGGGGUCAUGGAAAAGGAUGACCGGGGCUUGUUGUUGCACGCUACCAUCGUCAACACGAUCUAUGUCAAGGGCGGACGAGGCAAGACGGGCCCGAAGCUAUCCAUCGAUGCGAGGGAUAUACUCGACCGAUAUGAUGAUUACGUCUGGAUGGAGAAUGUGCCCCUGGAAAAGAUUGCCAUCUGUCGCAUGGGGGCCAAGAAGAUUGAGGGAGUGGAUGAUGAAGCGUAUGAGGUCGUCGCCGAAAUCGACUUUUAG